ACAGGAUCAUUUCUGUGCAGAGCAUUGCUGAACAGGUAUUCCUUUAAAAUACAUUAGACACCAGCCUGGAAUGUACAUCUGAGAUAACACAGGCAUCAUCUCCGUGCAGAGCAUUGCUGAACAUGUAUUCCUUUAAAAUAUAUUAGACACCAUACAGGAAUGUACAGCUGAAGUAACACAGGCAUCAUCUCCAUGCAGAACAUUGCUAAACAGAGAGACUGUACUACAGACUGACCACAGGGCCAUACUUAACCUGAGGUAAAAGGCCAGUUGGUGCUGUCUCCACCCACCCAGAGCACACGCAGCUGGAAGACGUGCAGAAUUUUAAUACCUGCAAACUUUUCUUAUGUCUAGCUCAGACAAUAGCACGCCCCUUUCAUAACCAUUACAUGAACCAAGGAAUGGGCCAUGUCAUAGCAAUGCCAACGUUAGACAUGUCGAUUCAGAGGUCUGUUUACUGUUCCUUGAUGUGCUUCACCUGCAUAUUUGGUACUCUAGGCUCUGUCUAUCUGCAUGUUCCUCAGACAUACUUUAAAGGAUUUGAGCAGGAGUCUGUGCUGCUGUCUGUCUCCUACAGCUUCUCCGAACCUUUUACAUUCCUUCAGAUCAAGUGGGAAUUUAUCUCUGAGACAGAAGUUAUCUUAAUGCACACAUUUCGGAAGGUUACUUCAGCUAACGGUUCUUCAGAAAUAUUCAACAAGAGCUUCAUAUCGAAAAAAUACCAAAAUCGGGUUAGUUUAUCUCCUGAGAAUGGCUCAUUGUGGAUGGAUCAGCUGCGCUUGAAGGACAGCGGCAACUAUCAGAUAAUAAUCAAAGAUUCACAGAGUUCUGCAACAAACGUGCUGAACCUGACAGUGUUGUCAUGCUGCCAUGCUGCUAACAUGACUGAGGAAAGGAAUAUUACAUUUACGAAGAACAUGGACUGUGAGUCGAGCUUCAUCAGCAGUGUCGGAGCCCUCUUCUUGCUGAUGCGGGUGACGGCUAUCAUUCUGUCAUUUCUGCUCCUCCUGGCGGUACAUCUCAUUUUACAGCAUACUCACCUAAAGUGAAAGCCAAGGGAACUGUGUUGGCUGAUCAUUUUCCCCAUCUCAAUUAUUACUGCCUAAAAGGGGCAUUUUCUUCAGUUCUUUUCAGAAACUUGUAGGCCAAAAGUGUCAGCCAUAUUCCAUUUAUAAACUGUUUCAGUUCCAGAAAUUUUAACUGUGAACAAACGCUUUAUAUUUCUUUUAAUAUGCUCUCCCAAAAGUGUAAGCAGUGUAGUUACUGAAGAUAUGUAAAAUCUGAUGUGCUUUUGUUUAUGUUUAUGGAUCAUGGAACAUACUUUCAAAUUAUUGAAAGAAAGUCACAACAUUAAGAGAAGGUUUUACCAGAAUGUUUAAAAGAUAACAUCUGUGCAAGUAGAAAUACUUUGUUAUUUUUUUCUCCUUCAUAUAACUGUGCAUGCAGUCCAUUUAUUUGUGAUGAGUGUUACUCCAUAUAAAGAUAGCUGUUGUAGAUCCAGAAGUGUAGUGGCGAUUGUUACAAUUAUGUCAGUCUAGUACCAUCUUUUAAGAAAUGUUUUUCUGGGGUCUAUAUUAUAAUAACGAAAGUGCAUAUGCGCGACUACAUAAAAGUCGACACAUAAUGCACAAAACCUGAAAAUAGCGAACGGCCAAGUAAUUGAAUUUUUCCCUAGGUGAAAAAACUUAAGCAGCUGUUCGCUAAAAAAAAUAAUUUAACACCAUAAACAUUAAAUGCGAUUCGAUGAAUAGGUGUAGCUGUUUCCAUAUUCGCUCAGAAGCAUUUUUGUGCUUCUAAUAUAGACCCAUGUUUCUAGACAUCGAAACUUAUUCUUGAUUCACUGUUAACUGUUUUAAGUAAAUAUUUGGUUCCAGUAAACCUCUGCUGUUAUACCAACAAUGACUUAAAGAUGUUAUAGAAUAUGGCUGCAUAUUGUUUCCCAAUAUGUUUAUGCAGGAUACCUGUAGCACCUACCAGGAUUUAUUACAUAUCCUAAGCAUUAAUCUAUCAUUGUACUGUUUUACUGGCUUGUGUUGUUAUUGUACUCUUGCCUAUUUUGUAUGUCUGGUCAGUGUUUGACCCUGGGCUAAGAUUGCAAUUGGUCAGAACUGGUCAGUCUACUACCCUGGAAAACAAAUUCAAACAAACAAACAAAUUUUACGGAAAAUCGUGGGGAGACAGUCAAGUCUGAUGGAUAUGUAAGUAGUAAGGUUUUAACUUUUGGUAGCAAUAGCCAAAAAGUCAAGGACAUUUUAUGUAAGAAUUGGAUUUUGCUCAGGGCUAAUAAAGAACUUCAGUCAAUUUUGGUGAAUAAUCCAAGCUUCAUGUUUAAAACUAAUGUUAACUUAAAAUUUUUGUUUGAACAUCCUAUUUUGUUCAGAUGUGUGUCUGACAAAGGCACUACUGGUUGUGGGCAUUGUAACUAUUGUAAAUACAUUCUUAAGGAUUCAUUAUUCUAUAUUGGUGAAUUUGGUGUAAGGGUGAAAACAGUUGUGGACAAUUGUGGAACUAAGGGUUGUGUCUAUUUGGCGAUGUGCCAACAUUGUUCUAGUUUUUACAUAGGGAAAAUGGAAAGGACUCUCCAUAGAAGAAUGUAUGAACAUUUACACGCCAUUAAACAGAAAAACACAAAUAAUGCCCUUUUUAGACAUUUAAAUAGUAAUCCAGGUUGUACAAAAUUUUUAUUUGGCAUUUUAGAAAUUGUUUAUAUGGA